CGACGACAUCGCACCACAUUCAGUCAAGAACAGUUGGAGCACCUAGAGACGGCGUUCAGCAAGAAUCACUAUCCAGAUAUCUACUGCCGGGAGGAGCUAGCCAAGAUUACCAAACUCAAUGAAGCCCGGAUACAGGUUUGGUUUCAGAAUCGGAGGGCAAAACACCGUAAACAUGAAAGAACGAAUCAGAAGACAAUCACAGCCAGCGGAAUGAUUGCCUGCGGGAGCCUGAUGCCCGGUAUGUGCUCCGUACCGCCUGGAACUCGCCAGUAUCAAUAUCCUCACACCCUGAACCACAUACCCCGCUUCACGUCUAUGGCACCCGCAGCGUACCAGCCGGCAUCAUCUGUCAGUCAGUUCAUGUGUUCAAGCACACACCCCCAUCUGCCCACCGGCACCCCACCCACCCGCCAACAUGACGACUGGUACAAUUCUCUGCGGUCUAUCAAUUCCCCGGGCACAGGAUUAUCAUCACCAAUGAUCACCUUAACACCAAUGACUGCUAUAGACCCAACAACGCCGUGGAGUUAA